AUGACCGCUGACUUUGUGGUAUAUCAGAGGCACCCGACAUCCAAUCCUCACGUUAUGGGUCACAGCGACUCGAUGAGCCCUGUUAAGAGUGGCAACAAUGGAGGUCCCUGUUCCUCCUCUCCCUCGUUCUCUGUACCGCCGCAGCGCGUUGACAACCUUACCAAGUCGGCAAUCGCGACGCUGGAAAAGCCCGUCCACCACGACGACCCGGUUGAACCAGUUCGUGUGAAGUUGCAGGACCCCAUUGGAUACACGUCGGAUUCGCUCUGGUCGUCAGAAGGACUCAAGCCGCGCUCCUCACUGCUCUUCUCCGUCUCGCAGGCUCUGGGUGAGCCCACAGCAAGCGUUACGCUGCGUCCUCCACGACUGCAGCCCAAGGCGGAUUCGCGCUCCGUGCACAGUGCUCAGACCACGCCACCCAGCGAGUCAGACGAAGGUGAGGUGGUGGCAGUGGACAAUCAGAAGGAAGACUAUGAUCAGCACGACGCUAGUGCUGGAGAGUUGUCAACUUCUUGGGGAUCGACACAGAAGCAAUCGAGCAAGGACAACCAAACCACUGAUAACCAGGAGUUGGAGUCGCUUAGGCUUUCACUGAAUGUGGUAUGCUUUGACUUCCUUGGUCAGACAACCCCUGUUGCUUCUUUUCUGACUGUAUUGUCUUGCUUCCUUGUGCUGCAGCAAGUCGGAGAUCGCGAGUGUGUGCUGUCCCAUAGCCAUGAUCACCCCUCGGUGGAUAUCUGGAAGAACCCUCACAACGAUUUCGCGGACGGUAACUUCAUUUCAAGUGUGAGCCCCACUACUUCUCCGGAGAAGCAAAUGUUUCCACGCUCAAGCACUAAGGCUGUCCUCCCAAGGUCAUCUCGUGGUGAUAUUGUUGAUUGCCGUAUCCCUCCGGGAAUGUCAUUAAUUGACCGAAUCCAAGAAGACUUCCCUCGCACUCCAUCACCCGAAUACGGGCAGUUUGAAGACGGUGGUUUGCCUUUCCGCAGACUUUCAUUUGGAGGAAGAGAUCAACACGAUCAGUCCGUGUGCAGUAUCAACGAAGAAAUGGGGCAUCUGAAGCUUGGUAACUAUUGCUCGGCGCGGCCUUACGACGGAGGCCACCGAUCUGGCCACGACUUUGAGUAUUUACCUCGGAUGCCGGAGUACACCUCUGAUCCCAGACUUGCUGGGGUGAACAAUUACCGUCACGCAUUCGGCAGAAGCACGAGCGAGCCUCCUUUUGGCCGGUCUUACCAUGGAGUUACAGCGCAAGGCUAUCCAUCGCCUUAUGGCAUGGAAGCUCAUGGAGUCCAGAGCUACCCCGUCGUAAUGGGGUCCACCAAGUCCCAAUGGGCCAACAGCGAGGACACGCACUCGUUCCCAUCGUCCCCCUUCGGCUAUGAGCCGUCGACUUUCGCAAUUCCACAUCCUGUUCAUGGUUCGGCUUUGCCGACUUACUCGGUCAGCUACGCUGGAGAACACCGCGGUGUGAAAUACGCCGACAAGAUGUUCAAAGCUCGCUCGUCAUAUCCUCUGGUUGAUCACCCGCCGUAUGAACUUCAUGACUUUGGAAGCUACGUACCCCGUCCUCAGAUGCUGCAAAGACCGAGUGUUGGAGGAUCUCGGCGGAACGAGUUCGAGUAUUUCUACCCGGUCGCGCACUCGUACUCGUCCAAUAGCCUCUUGGAGGAGUUCAACUCGGCACCAAAGUCGGAGAAAUGGGGGUUGUCUGCCAUCAAAGGACACCUCUUCCUCUUCGCAAAGGACCAGACAGGCUCGCGAUUUAUUCAGCAGAAGCUGGAGAAGGCUGACGAACGCUUAAAAGCUGAAGCAUUCAACGAAAUAUUCCCAAGCUCGCUCCUGCUGAUGACGGAUGUGUUUGGCAACUAUGUGAUCCAGAAGUUUCUCGAGUUUGGAUCUCUGGAACAGCAGCAGUUACUGGUGGAGCUGAUGACAAGCAACAUGAUUAGCUUGGCCCUGCAAGUGUACGGAUGUCGCGUGAUCCAACGUGCACUGGAGGUGGUCCAAGUUGAAGAGCAACUCGCCCUCAUCCGACAGCUGAAGGGACAUGUGAUGAAGUGCGUUGUUGACCAAAAUGGCAACCAUGUUUUGCAAAAGUGCAUCGAAGCAGCAUCUUGGAAGAGGUCUGUCGAGUGCAAUGGAGUGGGACCUCAGCUUUUUGUGACGGGUAAGGACAUUCAGUUUAUCAUCGACAGCUUUGUCGGUCAUGCUGCAGCACUCUCCACGCAUUCGUACGGAUGCCGUGUUAUCCAGCGUGUGCUGGAACAUUGCGCGCCAGAACAGAUUCAUCCGCUACUGAGUGAGAUUAUUUUCAAGUGCCGCGAGCUUGUCAAGGACCAGUUUGGUAAUUAUGUCGUGCAACACGUCAUUAGUCACGGCGAGCCAAACCAACGCAAUAUCGUCAUGCAAGCAGUGCUUCCUGAAAUCGCACGCUGGAGCCAGCACAAGUAUGCCAGUAAUGUGGUGGAAUCCUGUUUAGAGCAUGCGACGAAGGAAGAGGUCAGCCGAAUCAUAGAUUUCAUCCUUCAGUGUGACGAGAGUGGAGCUUCUUGUGCACUGCUUCCCAUAAUGAAACACAUGUACGGGAAUUACGUGGUGCAAAAAUUGCUGGAGCGCGCGGAUGACCACGACCGCCAACGUAUAGUAUGUAUUAUUCGACACAAUGAGGACUAUCUAAAGCGUUUCACGUUCGGAAAGCACGUUUUGAGUCGGCUGGAGCGCGAGGAGCAGGCGAACCAGUACUUUUAA